CAUGUCUCCGUACGGAAGGAUCCUUGCGUGCUGCGGAGGGUCUUCUAGCUGGCAGCCUAAGGAGAAGACGCUGCCCGACGGGGAGCCGAAGGCGUGGGAUGGAGCCAACGAGGGCAUAACCCUCGAGUCGUCCCCGACGGCGCCCGUUCCUUCCACGGCCGCUGCCGCCGCGCUCAGCUACGAGAUCCGCCCCCUGACGCAGCAGGAUGGCCCCCGCAUGAUUUCGUUCCUGCGGCGCCUCUUCUUCCGUGACGAACCGCUCAACGUGGCGGUGCAGCUGGUGCAGCCGGGGGAGGAGACGUGCCGCGAGCUGGAAGAUUACUGCCUGUCCUCGCUGCCCGACAACCUGUCGCUGAUGGCGGUGGACGCGGCGUCGGGCGAGAUGCUGGCGGUCUGCAUCAACGGCAUCCACGAGCCGGGCGGCGAGGCGGAGGGGGAGUCGGCGGCUGCGCAGUGCCCCAACCCGCGCUUCCGGCGCAUCCUGCAGCUGCUCACCUUCGUGGACGCCCGCGCCUCAGCGGAGCUGGCCAGCCGCUUCCCCGACCCAGCGGACCGCCGCCAGCUCGAGGUUCGCGUCGUCAGCGUAGACACCGCUGCCCGCGGCCGAGGACUCGCCACGGCACUCAUCAGCCGCUCCAGUGAGCUGGCGAAGCAACACGGCAUCCCACUGGUUCGUAUUGACUGCACCAGCCACUACUCGGCGCGCGCCGCCAGUCGGCUCGGCUUCGAAUGCAUCUUCUCCGUGCCGUAUGCCCAGUACGAGCGAGACGGGGAUGUCGUCUUCACACCCGCCGAGCCCCACAAGGAGGUCGCUACCUGCAUCAAGAGGGUCAUCUAGUGCCGAAGCAACGGCAGCAGCAAAAGUAUGACGGUACAAACUGGUAAAGAGUAAAGAAAAUAGUGCUGUAUACAACUUCAAGUACAAAAUGUGCACAACGAGUGACUGUCCUCUAGGCACCAGCUUAGCCUGAGCUUAAGCAGGAAUCCUGUGACGUACUGCCUCGACAGGCAGUCCUGACUAGGCUACGAUCAAGAUGCAGAGAACCGUGGGGCAAAGUGACCAUAAAGCGACCAUUCCAGGGGAAACUGGAUUUUCACAAAACAGUGCAUCUUGACAGAAGUCAAGCCUACACAUUCUGAAUGUACGUAAUAUAAGGUAUCCAACCGAACAUUUUAAGUGAAAAGGAAAGUAACUUAUAUAUGAAUCACCCGCGAUUUUCUGAACGCUUACAUAGUGACCACUUUCCCUAUCUAACGGGAUAAUGCGGCCAAUGCCAUCGCAACAGGAUCCCAUUUUUGUUAUUCUGAUUUCAACACGUAUUCCAGUCAUCUUGAUGCCCUAGUACAUGGAAAAUACCGUAAGGCUGCAGCAGACUGUUUUCGGUCGGCAAAUGUAACAGAACAGAGAUGGUUUUACAAAAGGAUAUAACAACGGGUGAUAGCUUUGUUUAUGAAAGGAUUCAGAAGAUAGUCUGAUUUGUAGCAUUAUGCAUGAUAAACGUAUGUAACUAACUCUUAUUGGGGAAAUACCUUGGCCACGUCUCCCGACGAGUAGUGUGGCAACAUUUCCCUACCGGGUGUAGACAUUAGUGGUUCACGGGUGCAAUCAUCGAAAAGAAGGAAACAACAAGUAACUACUUUUUAGCCCCAAGGUACUGCUUAGAUAAGUUGUUUAUCCAGAAUGUAAAAUGACUUAAUUUACAUGAGCGGUCUGAAAAUCCGAACAGAUGUUAUGAAAAAUUCCGGAACAAGCUUCCUGUUUCAAAUCUUUAACAAUAUUCAUGGUGUAUAUUAGAACUGGUUUGCCCACUCUUUGGCAUGUAGCAGUACUGAUCAGUCCAAAAAUAUACGAUCGACACUUUACCACACCGUCCUCUACUACUAUGAGUCCUGGAUGCAUUAGCACAAAAUUCUGCGAAACUCCACUAAUGCCUGGCUUUGAUAAAUUUUGUUACAGUUGUCUACUCUCUCUCUCUUUGUAUCUCUCGCUCAUUUUCACUCACACCAACAUACACUAACACACACACACACACACACACACACACACACACACACACACACACACACACACAUCUUGGAGGACUCACGUUCAGAUCACCAUGCAGCCAUGUGCAUUUAAGGUUUACAUGUUUUCCUAACACUUAAGACAAAUGCUGAGAUGGUUCCUUUGAAGAGGACGUGCCAUAAAGCAAGUAUGUAACAAUUUUUGCAUUCAUGUAUUCCAUAUUAUGAGACGUGAUUGUAUGGAACACAACAAGAAAAAACGUAGAGUAGACAUGAGCUCUAAGAUUCAUACCUUCAGAGCUAUGAACACUUGUUCAUCUUCGCCACUGUGACACACGUCUUCCCUACUACGGAAAACCUACAGAAUGAAGUAAACAAAUGAGAACAGUUACACUAUUACCCUGGAACAGCAUAGUUUCUAAUAGAAACGACCUAUUGGUUAAUUAUAUGCUCCAUAAACAAUUUGAAUCAGUCUUUUAUCGAAAUGAUGUGGAACGCGCCACUUUACAGAAUAUAUACACAUGUUUGCAGGAUACCGGUUUUUAAACAGAAAUUCGUUCAUAUAAUCUAAGGAGUUGUCUGGGAAAAAUAAGUUUAGGUCAGAUUUAAAAAUUGUUUUGCUACCUGUUAGAUGUUUCACAUUAUUGGUCAAACGGUCAAAAUCUUUAUUUUGAUGCUUAUUGAAGUCCUUUCAGGGCCACUGGCAGUUUCAAUAAUGGGUAACAAAGCUAAUUCUUGUCCUAGUGUUGGAGGUAUCAUUGUUCUUAUCAAACUGUGAUGCAUUAUUUAUGAAGAAUUUCAUUAGCGAAUAUGUGUAUUGUGAUGGUGGAAUUAAAGUGCCUAACUCCUUGACGACCACGAAUGAACACCGUGUAUUAUUAUUACUGCUCGCUUAUAUGCAACCAGUCCUACACGUAUUAUUCAAAGGAAAAUGCAAACCAGUUCUGUAGCUAUGCUAUAUAUUCAAGAUUGUAAAUUAUUGCAAAAGGUAACUUUAACCACUGAAAACAUAUGCACAAAAUGAGUUAUGCCGAGUUCAAUGAAAAUUAUGAUCAGUGUUAGUACUUAUGCAUUCCAAUAAAACUGUGGCGAUUCUAGAAGAAAUUAGUAAAUAUUUGCAAUAGCCAUGCAUAUGAAAGGAAAAAACUGUA